UUCUCCACCAACUAUUCCACUAAACUCAGCACGAGCGGCUUUCUUAAAUAUAAAAAAAAAAAAAAAAAAGAAAAAGAAAAAGGAAAAAAUAAAAAUAAACGAAUGGAACACAAAGUGAAGGUUCCUCGCCAUUAAAGCAAAAAUUAUUUUUCAUACCCAGCUUCGAAUGACAGAGGCUUUAGGUUUGAGUGGGCAACCUAUUCGAUUCUCAGCCAGCAAAACAAUCUGUGGACCAAGGAUCUACGGUGGCCAUGAACUGAAAUUGAGGACAUUGAGUGCGGGGCUUGGAUGUGCGUGUUUCUCGCGGUGUUUGUCUGUUCAUAUAUUGGGGCCGAAUUGUAUAGCUAUGCAGCAGAGUGAAGGUCUCUCUAGGAACAGUAAUGAAAAUGAUAUUUCUUCUUCGUCUUUGAGGCUGACAACGCCUCAAAAGUCUAUUAGGCGAUUGGGGUUGUGCUCGCAAAUAGCAACUGGCGGACAACACUCCUCGCCCAUAGUCUUCCCUGAGAAACGCAGCAAGGCUAAGUCUUCUUCCAGGAGAGGGAGUGAGAUUAAUUCCUCUAUCCCCAAGUUCACCAUGACUUCCAGUGACGAUCGUGACAAGCCGAAGAGCUUUGAGCACAGGAUUGACAUAGGUGGAGGAGAUGAAAAAUCGGAUUUAUUGGGCUAUACGGUAUUCUCGGGUAAGCUGGUUUUGGAUAAGAGAAAGAAUUCAGACAAGAAUACUUCUGAUGAUACCGGUGUAGCUGAUCAAGAAGGUUUUGAUGCUAAACUUACUAGCACGGCCUUGGUAUGGGGUUCUCACAUGCUACGUCUGGAGGAUGUCAUUUCAGUCUCGUACAAUGUUGGUCUCAGGCAUUUUACAGUUCAUUCCUAUCCACUGCAGAAAGGUCCAUGUGGUCUUUCUUGUUUUAUGAAGGCCAGGAGAAAGCAGAAAAAUUUUCGCUUUUUGGCUUCUAGCGUUGAAGAGGCAGUUCAGUGGGUUGGUGGUUUUGCAGAUCAGCACUGCUAUGUAAACUGUUUGCCUCACCCCUUACUCUCAUCAAAGAAGCAGGCAUCUUCAGAACUAAUUCCGGUUGACACACCUCCUGAAUUACUUUUCAAAUGCAAGAAUCCACCAAAGAUGCUUGUGAUAUUAAAUCCACGCUCUGGACGGGGUCGGUCAACUAAAGUUUUUCAUGGAAUUGUUGAACCAAUAUUUAAGCUUGCAGGGUUCAAAUUGGAGGUGGUUAAAACGACAUCUGCAGGCCAUGCUAGGAAGCUAGCUUCCAGUGUUGACAUAAGCAGUUGCCCUGAUGGAAUUAUUUGUGUUGGAGGUGAUGGGAUUAUUAAUGAGGUUUUGAAUGGUCUAUUGAGUAGAGACAACCAGAAGGAAGGAAUUUCUAUUCCAAUUGGAAUAAUUCCUGCAGGUUCCGAUAACUCAUUAGUUUGGACUGUUCUUGGUGUUAGAGAUCCAAUUUCUGCUGCAAUGGCUAUUGUGAAGGGUGGUCUUACUGCAACCGAUGUUUUUGCUGUUGAAUGGAUCAAAUCAGGUGUUAUCCAUUUUGGGUUGACAGUCUCAUAUUACGGAUUUGUCAGUGAUGUGUUGGAACUUUCUGAAAAGUAUCAGAAGCGAUUUGGUCCUCUACGUUACUUUGUUGCUGGCUUCCUCAAAUUCUUAUGUUUACCGAAGUACAGUUUUGAAGUGGAAUACCUUCCUGCAUCGUUAGAGGAUGAAGGAAAAGGCACUGCUGAACGUGAAGUUGUAGACAUGUCAGAUUUAUACACAGAUAUAAUGAGAAGAUCGAGCAAAGAGGGCAUCCCCAGGGCGUCUAGUUUAUCAAGCAUCGAUUCGAUAAUGACUCCUAGUCGAAUGUCUGGUGGAGACUUGGAUACAACUUGUAGUAGCACUCGAGCUAGCACUGAACCAUCUGAGUAUGUGCGUGGUCUCGAUCCUAAAUCCAAGCGCCUUUCAUCAGGAAGGAGUAAUGUUACAGCAGAGCCUGAAGUUAUUCAUCCACAGCCACCCUUUUCAACUACUCCCAACUGGCCAAGAACCAGGUCAAAGUCUAGAACAGACAAGGGAUGGACUGGUUUGAUAACCACACAAGAUACCACUAGAUGUUCUUGGGGCAAUGCUGCAAAUAAUGACAGAGAGGAUAUAUCUUCCACACUGUCUGAUCCGGGUCCGAUUUGGGAUGCGGAACCGAAGUGGGAUACUGAGCCUAAUUGGGUUGUUGAAAAUCCAAUUGAAUUGCCAGGUCCAACAAAUGAUGCAGAAGAAGGUCCAACAGAGCAAGCCGUGCGAGUGGUUGAAGAUAAAUGGAUUACUAAGAAGGGGAAAUUUCUUGGAAUCAUAGUUUGCAACCAUGCUUGUAGAACCGUUCAAAGUUCUCAGGUAGUGGCCCCAAGAUCUGAGCAUGAUGACAAUACUCUUGACUUGGUUUUGGUUCAUGGGAGUGGACGUCUUAGGCUGUUGCGGUUUUUUUUGCUGCUUCAGAUUGGUCGACACCUGUCCCUGCCGUUCGUUGAAUAUGUUAAGGUGAAGUCGGUGAAGAUUAAACCUGGUAAGCAUACGCACAAUGGCUGCGGCAUUGAUGGUGAGCUCUUCCCCCUCACUGGCCAAGUCGUUUCUUCUUUGCUUCCAGAACAAUGCAGACUUAUUGGUCGAUUUUCUGGCCAUCACGUAUAACCAAGUAAUCCUCUUAUCUGAAAUAUUUUGAUGUGCCACUGACUGAUGAUCACAUUCUGUUUAACUGAGUCCCGUUUUUUGUCGUGUGGUUAUGUAACAUGCGGAGCAAUCCUUUAUAUCAUAAAAGAGAAUCUUUGUGCAUUAUUUCCCUACCCAUUUCCCAUCUCAUAGUUCCUGUUUUUCUACCUUCGAACAAAUCGAGGUCUCUGUAAAUCUUUUGUUUAGAAAACGUGUCGCUUUUUGUCCUCCAGUUCUAUCCCCUCUUGCAUUCCCCUGUUGUGUAUUUUGUAUCCCCAUAUCAUUUUCAUUGUACAAGCGUGAUAAGCUGCACUCUCAGCGCCCCGGUCGACUCGAUUUAGUUCUAUUUACAUUUUUCACAAGUUUUCUGGAGAUACUUAUAUUGUAUAUACGUGAUUGUGAACUUUUGGCCUGCCCUUCUCCCCUUCUUCCCAGUUCUUCCUCUUUUAAUGUUCUCUAUUUAUGUCUAUAUUAAUCCAAGUGAGAGUUUCUUAAUUAGCUAUUCAUGUUUGUGAUUAAAAAUGUCUUGUAGCUAGUUUGAAAUAUUUCUUGGCAGGUAUGUUUGGUUAAUAUGAUUUAUUUAGUUGGCUUUUUAGUUGAUUAUUAUUAAAGUUAUGUGGACUUGCAAUGCUUUGGUAUUAACAUGAAUAUUUCCAUUUCGGCUUUGAUUUGUGUCCUAAAAACAUUAAUGGCAAAUCAUUGACAACGUGCAGCUAUUGAUCUGAUGAAUUAUGACCCAUACAUAUUUACUUGUGAAUUAUGUGAUUUAUAAUAGAAAUAUGUAGUUUAUGAACCUAUGAAUUAUCUAAUUCCUCAUCUUUUUUCAAUUCAAAAAGUUUCUGAUACUUCAAUUCUGAAAUUCUAUGUCUGAUUUAAUUCAAUAUCGAACUUUUUAACUUUCUAAUUAGCAAAUUCUUGAGUUUUAAGAAAAUUUCACAAUCUUGCCCCUCAUUUUCUUUUCUAAGAUAUAAACUUUCUUACUCUCAUUUACAUAAUGAUGAUAACGUAAAAUAAACUACUAAAAUGCUAGUCAAAUCAUAGUUUGAUUGAUUAGAAGAGGUAAAUUAUAUCUCCAAAAGAUUAUGAUUUCUAUUCUUCCUAAAACUAAAAGAAAAUUAAUAAAUAUGAUUAUGAUUUAAAUAUCACAAAAUCUGAAUUGGGGAAGAUAUUUUCUAAUUUUGAACGAUUUGUCGUAGCGUAAAGAUGGAACCGAGUACGACAUCGCGACGAUAAUCACACGUUCACAUAUUCACGAGAUAAGAAAGUACACGUGGCAUCAUUUACAUUCUCUUGUUCCAGAUAAGAUGGAAAUAAUAAUAAUCAUUUCUCAUUUCUUUUUCCUUUUUCCUCUUUUUUUUUUUUUUUUCUUUUCUAAAAUAAAUUUGCUCUUCACGAAGUGGAAAAUAUCUGGUGAGGUAAGGCUGUGCGUUUGUGUGUGUGUGGACACCGCCAAUAAAUUAAUAAAAUAAAAUUGAAGGAAGAAGAAUUUUUUUAAAAAAACUCAAGAAACCAUAUUCAUUUCCUUCUUAGGCGAAAGAGUCCUCCAGCGGCACAGAAAUGAUCGGUAUUGCGAAUAGUAUCGGCCUGAUGCCUCCGCCGGUACCGUCGUCGGCGUCGGUGGCUGCACGUUUUGCCUGUUCUAUGACGAGGGAGAAGAUUGUUUAGCGAGGUUUCAGUUAGAUCAGAUUCCGGAACUUCAUCUUCAGCUACUGCUGUUUCGGCGGCGACAACGUCAUUGUCGGAGGAAGAGACUGAUGAAGCGGCUGCCGCUAGAAUUGGAGCGAGAGUUAGGGUUAAGGUGCCUUUGAAGGUGUAUCAUGUAGCGAAGUUACCAGAGGCGAAUCUUGAGGGAAUGGAAGGAGUGCUUAAGGAUUAUGUUCGUGUUUGGAAGGGGAAGCGUGUUUCUGCUAAUCUUCCGUAUAAGGUGGAGUUUGUUGUUCCUGUUGAAGGUCGUCCACCAAUCAAGUUUGUUGCUCAUCUUAAGGAGGAAGAGUUUGAAUACGUUUAAUCAGGCUUGUUAUUCAUCAUCAUCUUCUUCAUUCUAAUGAAUCAUCAAGCCAAGACAAUUGUUGUUUUUCCGAUCUCAGUAUUAAUACCAAGCUUCCUUGUGCAGUAUUAUUGUCAACCUUUUAAGGUUUGAUCUUCUUCUAUAGUUCUAUCUACACCAUUUACGUUUUCCUUUGUAAUGUAGAAAAAUUGCUCGAAUGUUUUUCUUCUGAGCUAGUUAACUUUCUCGAUUCUCGAUUUGGCUUUGUAAAAUAAUUGCGCCAAGACAAGAGGAAAUUUAAUCAUCUAAUACAUGUCUGAUCCGAAUGGUUUCAAAA